AAUGGAAUAUUGAAAUGGCUUUGCCUAGGUCUAUCAUUAGAAAAACCAUGACUCUUCAAUGACCCUUGUAUGCGGCGCUCAGCUCGUAGAAGUGAUCCAUUUGAACAUGGUUGAGGACCCGCAUUACCUUUGCUGAUGCCAGCAAUAUAGGCUUGAAAACCUCACAUCUCGGGUUCUUGUUCGGGGCCGAUGAUUAAAGGCCAUUCACAAAACCCCGACAAACCAUUUUAGAUGAAAUACUACUGAGCUAGGUAGGAUUACGGGCAUGAAGGAUCAACAAGGUCAGAUUUUAGCUACUGAGCCUUCCGCGAUCUUGUUAAAUGCCUAGACAAUUGUGGAUACCGUGUUGCUGACAUCAUGCUGGUUAUACCAACUACCGGAAGACUAGGGAGAGUCGAAAUGGUAUUUAUACUUGAUAACUUACUCGAUACUCUGUGCGAAUGAUUGCUAUAGUACCUAUGUUAGCAAUUAGGGAGGCUCUUUACUAUGUAUUCACAUAAGAGCCUAGCGUUAACCCCUUUACUUGCCCUAGCGCAUCGGGUAGUUUGUGCUCCUUCAGGGGCGCAUCCAAUUUGCUCUCAAGACAACAUAGCCUAUCAUAUAUCCUCCAUUAACAGCCCCUUAUCUCAUAAUGUAACGAUACUCGACGUCGUCCAUGUUCCGUUCAACGGUAGUUAUGGCGACCCGACCCCUAUUUUAGGUGUUGGGGCCAUGUACUCAACCGCGUUACCCGACCUCUGUGCUGUAGAACUCAACGUCACGUCAUCUGAGACAUCAUCGUACAGUGUGUCGAUAUUCCUCCCGUCUAAUUGGAAUUCGAGGUUUCUUGCUGUAGGCGGAGGAGGAGUUGCUGGAUAUACCAAUUACGCUGAUAUGGGAGUUGGCUCUCAAUAUGGAUUCGCCACGGUUUCGACAGACAAUGGCCAUAAAGGUGCUCCCUUCGACGUAACGUGGGCCUACAAAAACACAGAGAAGCAGAUCGACUUCGGCUGGCGCGCUAUGCACGGAUCAGUCGAAUUGGCAAAGCAAUUGAUCACGCGCUACUAUGGCGAAGAUAUCCGGUACAACUAUUACUCCGGCUGUUCGACUGGCGGCCGCCAAGGACUCAAGGAGGCGCAAGUCGAUGCCAGCAGCUUUGACGGUAUGCUCAUUGGGGCGCCCGCUUGGUGGACAAGCCACCAAGUAAGCUGGACUACCAAGGUUAGCAAGGAUUAUUACCCCGUCGGCGAUCCGAAGAGUAUCCCCGCCGAAUUGUUCUCGACAUUGGUAGCCCCUACGGUGAUCGAGCAAUGCGAUAAGGCAGACGGACUGAAGGACGGUAUCGUCAGUGCUCCAGACAAGUGCCACCCAGAUUUCGAUGUGAUAUCUUGCGACAAUCACGGCGCAAACUCAUCUGCGUGUCUUACUUCUUUGCAGAUCGACACACUAAAGAAGAUUUACGCCGAUUAUUAUGUCGGGAAGGAGUUCGUGCAUCCCGGACUUGGGUACUCGUCGGAGUUAGGGUGGUCCCAGAACAUGUUCAGUGGCCAGCCAAUACCUUUUGGUCUCGAUUGGCUUAGAUACGCGGUUUUCGAGGACUUGGAUUGGCCUCUUGAUGCAUACAAUGACAGCACAUAUGAAUACAUCAAGAAACUGGACAUCUGGAAAGACGUCGAUGCGGAUGAUUACGACGUGUCUCCUUAUCGGAAUAGGGGCGGUAAGAUAGUAAUGUACCAUGGUCUAUCCGAUCCGUUAAUCGUCACGAAAGGUUCGGGUUACUUUUACGAGCGAGUUGAGAAAGCGACCGCGGCGUCGCGACCGAUACACGAUUGGUUCCGACUCUUCUAUAUUCCCGGUAUGAUGCAUUGUUCGGGCACUGCGCCCGGGGUUGAUGCACCGUGGCACAUCAAUGGUGGCGGUCAAAACUUAGGUAUUGGUUCCAACGCGUAUUCGGUUCCCGGAUUUCGUGACCCGCAGCAUGAUGCCUUACUCGCUUUGAUGGAAUGGGUUGAGGGUGGAAAAGCGGUCGAUCAGAUCAUCGCGACGACUUGGCAUAACUCGACCGUUCCAAGUUCAGGGGUGUGGAAGCAGCGCCCUCUUUGUCCGUAUCCGAAGAAGGCCGUAUACGAUGGAUUCGGUGACGCGAACAAGGCGCAUAGUUGGGUCUGCAAGUAAUCAAGUAAUCCCGCGUCUAUUCGGCUGUGAGGAUUACAAUUCGGAAUAUCGUUAGCGGGGUUUACGAUAGCGAUUGACACCCCCAUCCACCACUGUAAAAAUCAACUAUUAGAAUGGCCCUCUCGGAAUGGGAGAAGCUAUUAAUUUCUACUCACCCAUUCACUC